CCAGUUCGCGCGCGGCGGUUUGUGUGCCAACAGUGCGGGCGGCGGAGAUCUGCAGACGCGGCCACUGCGGUGUCCACACGGUAGCGAGCGCCCGGCGAGGAGAGAAAGUGCGUCUUUCGGUACCUCGCUUGCAAACAGCUGACCAGGAUCCUGUUUUAAGUUGACGCCAACAUCAUCUGAAUACAAAAUGACCACUGCUAGAAGGAAAGCUGUUUUUCUGCCAUACCAUUUGCUUGUGGCUGUGGUGUUGAUUGCUGUGCUGAUCUGUGAUGUCCAGCAUGCUGUAGCAGAUCCUGUUCCAGGGCCAUGCAUCAAGGAUGACCAUAUGUGUGUCAGAGAUGCUGAAUGCUGCAAUGGUUGCUGCCUGGAAGGAAAAUGUGUCAAAUACGCGGACCGGUGCUCGCCGGCGGCGAACGCGUGCUCGGUGCACGAGUGCCCGCCGGGCCGCGAGUGCUACCUGCAGCAGGUGCAGUGCGCCACCGCCGACUGCCCGCCCAUCCCGGCCUGCCGGGACCCCGACUACGACUACGACGACGAGUAGGCUCUCCACCGUGGAGCCACUCCACGGCGUCUGUCUCAGGGAACCCGCACCACCCAACAGCCUCACUCACCCGCUUCACUUCUGCUUAACGAGACACCCGCUCGGUGGUUCAGUGUCUGGCACUCCACGAAAAAUCAUUGAUAAUUUGCGAGCCUACACUCAGGUGUCAGAAUUGAACUGAACCAGAAAAUAAUUCGUACACCUUAAGAUAGGCAACCCAUCUACAUCAUGUGCUCCACGUGCAAAUGGCGUAAGCUGGGUUGCCUAUCGUAAGGGGCAUGAAAUAUUUUGUAAGCCAUUUCACUUCUGCUCACCCUGUGUAAAACACCUUCAUAGGACUUGUUACCAUCUCUGAAGUUGUCUCCGCCGUAUUUUCCAGGUGUGAAGUUCGUCUGUCCGAAACAGUGUCGAUCUCUUCUUAAAUACACACUAGUAAUAAAAAUACGAUACUGACUUAGAGGGAUCAUAGGGGGCAUCUUGAGCAUAGGAAGCCAUGUCUGGAAAACGUAUCCAACAGAGGUAGAGAACGUCCACAGGGAUUAACCCUCGGACAGAAGAGAUGAGAUUUUUCGCUACCAGAUUCUAAGCAGAGUUAUGAUAGGCGUGAACGCCUUCGGCGCCGUGUAAGGUCUUCAGUGCUUUCAGAUGUUUGCUGUCGAAGCGACUAUUGGCAGGGUUUGUCCCCUGUAAUUUCGACGCUCUGUAGAUCACUGGAAGGACUUUUCCGGACAUAUCUCCCUAAACUCAUUUUUCCAAAGUUGUAGUGAGUUUAUCCGCAUUUCGGCAUCGAAAUGAGUGAAUGGUAACACUUAAAAGUUUGUGUCGGACUGGCACUCCACUCCGGACCUCCCGCCUCAGCCAUCUGAGCAUGCUUCCCAUUCAACCCAAAUUCCCAGCCUGUUACAACCUACUGACUUAGCGCCGCAUACCAAUGGACCACUUACUCGUAGUUCUUGUGUCCGGGAAGAGCUCGGGCAUGGCACCGAAGAAAGGAUCAUUGGUCUUAGACACCCCGAUCCCUUACGGGAAUCAGGAACUGUGAGUUAGGGCUUUAUGGGUAGCAGUGUAACAGGCUUGGAACUUGGGCUGUAUGGGAAGUGUGCUCGAAUAGUCGAUGCGGUUGAGGCGGCCGCUCGCGUUCAGCGGCAGAUUCGGGUUAGAGUCCCGGUCUGAAACUAAUGUUCACCUACUACUACUGAUUCAUUUCAAUGCGCAAAUGCGGCUAACGUCAUUAAACCAUUGCAGCAAUCUAUUGUAUGGCUGCUGGAUCAAAUAAGAUGUCUGUUCUUCCACAUCUCACUUUUGGUCCUAAAGAGAGUUUCUACAACCUCUGAAAGUUUGUCGGUAUCCUUUUAUUUCACUCUGAGUAUUUCUUGUAAAUUUACUUGUUUUAUCUACUGGAAAAUCAUACUUUAGUGUACUUAUUUCAAUAACAAGUGUGGUUUUUCAGACAUUCAGUGCUUCUCAGUACGAAUAUCUCACUCUGCAGAGGAAUGUGCAGUAUUCUGAAACGUUGUGGCAUAUUAAAACAAGGAACCUUGUCCACCGCGGGCAUUGCUGUUACCGACUGAGCUAUCCGGGUACAGCUCACGACUCGCUCUCACAGCUUCGUCGUGGUACUCGGAGAAUGGCAGUUAAAGCUGUGAGGGCAACUUGUAGUACCUGUACUGCUCAGUCGGUAAGGGGUUCCAGAUUCGAGAAUCAGUACAGCACACAAUUUUAAUCCAUCAGGACGUUUCAUUCGAAACUUUAUGUUCGUCCAACGUUUUGAAUUAUCUAGAGUUGAGUACAAUACUGCAGAAGGUGCGAUAGAAAUGUAAAACAAGUGUCCUGUUGAAACUAAUUCAACAAUAAAAAUAAGUCAUGACAGUAACUGCAUAUGAAGUAAGUCUUGUAGCUUGGAAAUAGCAUAUACGGCUUUUUACAUCGUGCAAAUUUCAUAUAAUGUAGAAUGAAAUAAAUUAUUUUCCGGUCACAUUCAGAGAGACAAAUUCUGACAAACACAGUAACUGUGUUUUAAUGGUUAACAAAGAAAAGAACUGAUGACAUUAACUUUAAAAAGUGUACUUUUGAUGAGUCUGGACGUACACACAGUAUGACUCUAAAUAUGAGUCUACAAUUUCUAAUAGUAAUAGCGUAAGCACGAAACUAAAAGCUAAAUACGAACACGAAAAAACUCAAAAUGUUAACAAAAUUUUAAAAAAGUACGAAUUUACAAUAUAAUAGGCGCUUACCGCCUACACCAUUGUUCAUUAUUCCUGUGGAAGAUAUCCUACAGGAUGGCGGGAUUAAUCUUCCCGUUGCAGCUGUGAACAGUGAAACGAAAACUUAUUUAAUAAUUGAGAAUUUAACAAAUUAUUACAUCUAUCAUCAUCAAAGCAAUUCGAGACUGCAUGGAGGACGUUCGACGUCGAGAAUACAUAUACAUUUACAAUUAAGUGGCUGAGGGUAGUGAUACACAAUUAUAUGUCUUUAAAACAUCCGUAUCUGGCAAAAAUUUGCAGGGUGUGACGUAGUCUUACGCACAUAUAAUUUAUGGCGUCAUAUUUAAAGUACAUAAAUAUCGAAAAGCAUGGACAAGAUUUUGGUAGGAAUUAAGAAAUGAUAGGUUCGCACACAACGCAUAAAACGGACCCAUUAGAACGCAGCGAACCUUUUUCACAUCAGUCGCCCGUAUGACAGUAGAAACGAGACAGAAUACGUAAAAAAUAAACAAUAAUUUUUCGGUUAUUGCUUUGGAUAUUUUUUAAAUGUCAGAAUGUUAUUCUUUCCUGCGAACAUAACAAAAAUGACGGGGAGGAAUAAUUUUUAGGUAUUGUCCUUUGUCGCAUCAUACGCACUCAGUAAAAUUUUUAGGGGGAUGGGAUGAUAGCUUCUGAUUUUUGAUGAUUGUUGAACGUUGUCGAUUUGCAACUGAUGUAAAUCAACACUUCAUUCCAAAAUUACUGUCCACCUUCUGAAAACUGUAAGUAGCAGGUUCACGAAAAUCUGUAGUAACAUUCAAAGAUAUUUUUUCGUACUUACGCAUUUACAAAGGCAUAAGCCUAUAAAAAGCUAAAUAACUACACUUUGUAAGGAGUGCCACCUCGAGUUCCUUGCAGACUCACUAUUUUCAAGCCAUGGUGAUGUCUACAGAGAUACCAAGAGUGUAAAUACUUGACUUACAGAAUCUUUACUUAUGUAGCAGCAGACAUUUCUAAACGGAACCGUUGUAAUACGAAUAUUAGUUUUAUUGUUUAUAGUUACCUCAGCAGACGUUAUAAAUAAUCUAUAAUUUGUAGCUUAGAACAAGCCAAUUAUGGAAAAAUACUUAUUAUGUGUAGAGUAGCGAUUUAUGAAAUGCUUAUUUAUAAUUGUGAAAAUAAAUAUGACUACUUAACCCGU